AGAAAACAUGUCAAUAAUACUUGUUCCUGUUUCUUACUAAAUAAGUUAAUACACGUAUGUAGUUCGAGAGUUCUACCUCCAUUCUCGUGUUGUGAGUGAUCGUACAGAUCUAGCCUGUAUUCUAAUACUACGGACUGUCGGACCAUGGAGCUAUAAUUUCGAAGUUAAAACAAGAGGAAAAGGAAUGCUCAGCUAUUUUAAAGUGUUUCGACAGCAAUGAAAACAGUGAAGACUAACAACCGUCAGUAAGAAACAUGGCUCAGUGUCGGGAAAACGGCAUCAGAACUGUGACCACCGCAUCGGAGAACCAGUUGAACCUGCUUCGAAAGUGUCACCAGAAAGCCCAUCAGACAAUAACCAAUGCUCUGACCCAGGACGAAGCCGGUAAUUUGGACCAAGCCAUCCAGUUGUAUAGCGACGGCCUCAGCUAUCUUGCCAAGGGUCUUGAGAUCCCUUUUGGGGGUGGCGGGGCCAGGGGGGGCAGGGAUCUGGAAGACGCUCGCCAGAUGCAGAGCCAGAUGCGGAAAACCGCUCGGCAGAUGAAAUCCCGACUGGAGGAGCUGGAGCGCGACGCGGCGCGGAGGGCGCCCUCAGCUGCACGACGCAGCACCCUCAGCAUGGGAACCAUGCAGGAAUUGGAGGAAAACUUGCGAAUGGAGGAGGAGCUACUUGAGCUGGACCAACCGCCAUCUUACGAUCAGACACAAGCGGAUGCAUCUGAGAUCUUCGCUGUGCCAGACGGUGUCCAGAUAUUCUUCAUCAACCCGGAGGGUCACGUCUCUGCACCCAGCCACCCGGGGGCGCUGCGCAUUUAUAAAUUCAAGGACAGCCGACUCGUUGACGCAGCCAAUCAGCCGCCGGCGUUUUUGCAAGUGGAUGACUGGCUGUACCCCUUGGUGCCCGGGGAGUCCCCCGCUCUGAGGAGUAGGCAGGGGGCAUUCGUCUUCCCAGAUGUGGUGUCAGGGGUGCCUGGGGCAUGCGUUGGGGUCAUGUUUGAUCCUAACAUUGACAGAGCAAAGAUACAAGCAUUUGAGCAAGCAAUCCAAGAGCUAACGGUGUUGAGAGAGCAACAGGUAGCCCCACCCAGACCACCUCCCCCUCGAUAUCGACCUUCUGAGGGGCGGGAACAAGCAGAGGAAGAGAGGGAGGAGGGAGAGCAAGUGAGCACCAAGAUAGCCAAAGGCAUCGCCAUUGGUGCCGAGUGGAUCAGCUGGGGGUUAGGCAAGGGGGCGGAGGCCACCAACUAUCUGAUCGGCGUCGGCAAGGAGAAAUUAAAACAGAACCUGAAGACAAACGAGAUACCCGCCGAGAUUGAGGAGAAGUAUCAGACAGGGGCCGAGUAUGCACAAAAGGCAUCAGUGGUGGCCGUCAAGGUGAGUCGGGCCGUAGUAGACAGCCUGUGCUACUUGACAAAGAGACUAGCUCAGGAGGCCAGCCCCUACAUCAAGGAGCAGAGCGACAAGUUCUUGAAGAGCAAAGACCAACCGGACGGCAAGAGGAGUAAAACGCUGGAUGGGGUCGUGGAGGUCGCAGCGAGCAGUCUACGAGGUUUCGGGACCGUUUACAGUGGGCUGGAGACAGCGGCAAAAUCCUUGGCCAAAAGCAUCUCCAAUGCCACUGUGGAAGUUGUGCAACACAAAUAUGGCAAUGAUGCAGCACGUUUCACCGACACCACCCUUGAUGCUGCAACAAAUAUUGGAGUGAGCGCCUACAACAUGAAUCACAUCGGAGUCAAGGCCAUCGCCAAGCGAGCCGCAAAGGACACUGGGAAGGCCGUGCUGGAAGACUACAAUAAAGAGUCGGUCAGUAAGAACGGCAAAGAUCAGCCCAACGGCCAGCGGAAGGGAAGCAAGUGAACAUUAGGCAGCAUAUGAGCACUAUUGGCUAGGUCGUCGACAAUUAAAAAUACACGACAAUAGCCACAUCCAUAGCUCCUGGAGCGCAUUUCAGACAUGGCUGUUGCCAUGGGCUGACAUUAAAGGUCAAAGGUCAUAAUUAAUUAUGAUGUCAACGCUGUAGAGAGGCUGUCAAAUAUUUAAUUGCAGUUUAUUACAAAUAAAUCUGUUUGAAUUAAUAACAAAAGGUCAACAUUAAGGCUGAAAUGUGGGUGGUAAUGUACAUAAUAUAAAGUUUAUUUAGUAGUAUUGGGUGAAUUUUAUUCUGACAGUUGAAAAUUAUUUCUGAAAAGAGUUACCAGAAUAAGUUUUUUACUCGAAGGAAAUCAUUUUCGAUCUACAGAGUUGCCUUUGCUGUUGAUGUUAGCAAAAAAAUACCAAAAUAUGAGAUAGACGAAUGUUGAAGGUGGAUAAAUUAAGAAAGACUUAUUAGUAUAGUUUCAUCUAACUGUAUCUUAUUUAAUAUUCAUAUAAAGUAAUUAACAUACAUUUGUUUAUUUUGUUUAGUUAAUUUGGUUAAACAUUAAAACUUUCAUACAGCGAUUUUGUAAACAGUGAAAUGUCACUGAAAAUGCAAACUGUCGCUCAUUUUAUCAAAUAUAACUUUAUUUUUCUUUGUACAUACAUGAUCAUAAUAAUAGCGCUUCAAUGUUGUUUGGAUUUAUUGAAUUAUGGAUACAACUCUUGGGAAGAAUGUAGUAUCCAGACGCCACUUCUUUGGUUGUGAUCAAAGUCUAUGGAGAGUCGAGUGCAUUUUUAGGGUAUUUUCUAACAAAAUUGGAAAACAAAUUCAGUCCUAGAUUCAUGUCUUUUUAACAUUUUUGCAAUGACUGACCUUCGCUGAGAUAAUAUAUAAUGAAAAAAGUGGCGUCAGGAUGCACAUUCUUUCUCUACUCUUUACCUUCUUGUUUCACUGAUUUAUAUCAUAUUGGCAAGUUACAAAACUCAGUGAAAAGAACAUCUUCGGCAUACUAUUUAAAAAAAAAAAAAUGCUGUAAGGAUGAUGCACAGUAGAAUGAAGUAAAAUGACAUUUUUGUCAGGCCGUAGACGGCUAACUUAAAAAUUGCUUUCUGUAUGGCCGCAUUUUUAUAAAAAAAAAAAAAGAGCAAACAGAUUUCUUUAAACCUUGCUUUAAUACACAUGUUCUUCGAUUUAAAUCAAAAUAAAAUAUAUUUGUUGUGUUUUUCAAAGAUCAUACUUCAUAACUCUUCCAACAGAAACAUGUGAAAAGUGGAAUUACAUCUCUGAAAUAAAAUAUAUUAAAACACA